UAAUUGAACUAAAUUUUAAUUUGCAUCUUGGAGAGAGUAUACUUGAUUGUGAAGUGUAGUGUAGAGUACUCGGUAGAACAAAACUUACUUUAUUGUACAUGUUUCUUAUCCCACGAUCUUUUUAAACAUGUGGGCUGAUACGUUAUUGAUAGUUUUCAUAUCUAUUUUUACUGCUUUGCUCGGCGAAGGACUAACGUGGGUAAUGGUAUAUCGCACUGAAAAAUACCAAAAAUUAAAAGGAGAAGUAGAAAAGCAAAGUAAAAAAUUGGAAAAGCGAAAGGAAAUUUUGGGUGAAUCCUUGGACAAAAAUCAUAAGAAGAAAAUUGAACGCGAUGAAGAAAAGCUGAAGAACAACAAUCGCGAUCUCUCGCUGGUGAAGAUGAAAUCAAUGUUUGCCAUUGGAUUCGCAUUCACUGCACUACUGAGCAUGUUUAACAGCAUUUUUGAUGGACGUAUCGUUGCCCGCCUGCCCUUUGUACCAAUAUCUUGGAUCCAGGGUUUAAGCCACCGAAACCUUCCUGGCGAGGACUACACGGAAUGCUCUUUCAUUUUCCUCUACAUCCUUUGCACGAUGUCUAUCCGACAGAAUAUACAAAAAAUGCUCGGGUUUGCUCCAUCACGUGCUGCUAGCAAACAGGCUGGUGGCCUUUUCGGCCCAACGCCUGGUCAGUUUAAAUAAAAGGAACGUAUCUCACUAUUCUUUCCGUGUUCAUAAAAUUGGUUAUCUCCAAAAAAUUUAAAAUGGAAUGGAACUGCAAAUUUCCGCUCCAUUUUAAAGACCAGCGGUAUGUUUUAUCAUAUUUAUGUUCGAUGCAUUUUUGUUAGUGUUCGAGUUAGCCGAAAGAGACUAAAUAUACUAUAGUAU